GGGUCUCUCUGUCACACUUGUCUCUUCUACCAAUGGAGCUCUCUUCUUCGCCGGCUCAACUUCUGAGACCACAUCUCGGCUCUAGGGUUUUACUUCCUCCUCGACGAACAUCAAUUGCUUCUUCCUCUCCUCCUCCUCGACUCCUACGGAUGGAGUCUGAUUCUCACCGUCUUCAAUCUAUCUCCUGUGCUUCUCCUCCUCCUCCUCCCGGAGGUAACGGUUUUCCGGCGAUUACUACCUCUUCUCCGAUCGAAUCAGCUCGGAUAGGUGAAGUGAAGAGAGAAACAAAGGAAACAAAUGUAUCUGUAAAGAUUAAUUUGGAUGGUAAUGGAGUCGCUGAUAGCUCUACUGGGAUCCCUUUUCUUGAUCAUAUGUUAGAUCAACUUGCUUCACAUGGCUUGUUCGAUGUACACGUAAGAGCUACCGGUGACACUCACAUCGACGAUCAUCAUACUAAUGAAGAUGUUGCUCUUGCCAUUGGAACCGCUUUGUUAAAUGCACUUGGGGAGCGGAAAGGGAUUAAUCGUUUUGGCGAUUUUACAGCUCCUCUUGAUGAAGCACUUAUACAUGUUUCCCUGGAUUUAUCUGGUCGACCAUAUCUUGGCUACAACUUGGAGAUUCCAACUCAGAGAGUAGGAACUUACGACACUCAGUUGGUGGAGCAUUUCUUCCAGUCAUUAGUGAAUACUUCUGGUAUGACACUUCACAUCCGACAGCUUGCCGGUAGAAACUCUCAUCACAUAAUAGAAGCGACUUUUAAGGCCUUUGCAAGGGCUCUCCGACAAGCAACAGAGUCUGAUCCACGUCGCGGUGGGACAAUACCAAGUUCAAAAGGCGUCUUGUCACGGUCGUAAGAGGCAGUGGAAAAAAAGGUUUCAGUCUACUGUUGCGAGUUCACGAGCAAGGAUCAGUUGUCUUAUGUACAAUGUCUAAAGCCUGCUGUAUCAUUUGUUCAUUUGCAAAAGGCAUCUGUAUUCAAGCUUAUUUUUUGGGGGAAACAGGUCCAGCUUUGUAUUAUGUUGUUGGAGACUACUUUCACUUUAUACAUGUGAGUUCGUUGCUCAUGUUUAGGUGCAGCGCUUUCAGUAUUGUUCUUUCUUGACAUUAAGCUACUAAUCUAGUUUAGUAUUGAUAUCUUCUUAUUACA